AUGCCUGCUAUUUUUUGUAAAUGGAUCAAGACUUGUAUUACUACUCCUCUGUACUUUGUCUCCUUAAAUGGAAGUUUGGUGGGGUUCUUCAAGGGUGAAAGAGGGAUUAGGCAGGGAUAUCCUUUAUUUCCCUAUCUCUUUGUCAUUGCUAUAAAUGUCAUGUCUUCCCUCUUGGACACUGCUGCAAAUAAGGGAAUUUUUAAAUUCCAUCCUAAAUACAAGAGAAUUUCCCUCACCCACCUCUGCUUUGCAGAUGAUUUGUUAGUAUUUUGCUAUGGUUCAGUUGAUGAUGUGUUGGGAGUACAAAAUACUUUAGAGAAGUUUUAUGAGCUGUCAGGACUUAAGUUAAAUGCUCAGAAGACUGAAUUCUUUGCUUGUGGUUUGAAUGAGCACACUGUUGAGCAAAUUUGUAGGGCUGCUGGGUUUAGUACCUGUUGCUUACUGCUAAUCCGGAAUAUCCUGGCUAAUGAUGGAUCUCUCUGGAUUGCAUGGAUUAAGGAGUACUGCUUCAAGUCAACGAGUUACUGGGAGGUUGUAUGCAAACCACACUUUAGUUGGAUCUUAAGCCAGAUGCUUAGACUGAAAGAGGAAACUAGGACUCUGUUUCUCCCUUGUGCAAACUGGAGCAUUAUAACUGGAAAAUGGAUCUGGGACAUUAUUCGUAUUAGUAGGGAGAAAGUUGUUUGGCAUAGACUUAUUUGGUUUCCUGCUCACAUUCCCAAAAUUUCGUUAAUUUCUUGGAUGGCCAUCCUUGAUAGGCUACCUACCAAGGAUAGACUUACUCGUUUUGGUUUGAUUGUUGAUAAUGUAUGUGGGUUGUGUGGGACUGGUAUGGAGUCUCGGGUCCAUCUUUUUGCUGACUGUUCUUAUGCUAAGGAUGUUUGGGAUUCUUUUUUGAUUGCUUGUGGUCUUUCACAUGAGUUUCAUAGUUGGGACGAGCUUCUCCAUUGGUUGUUGGUUAAUUUGAAGGGUAAAUCCAUCAGAGUACGUAUACUCAAGCUUGCGUGGACUGGAUAUCUCUAUUUUAUAUGGAAGGAACGCAAUUUUAGACACUAUAGAAGGUUGGCUUGUUCGGCUGAGGUAACUGUAAAUAAGCUGAGGGAACUGUAA